AUGGCUCCAAAGAAACUUUCUGGAGCACAAAUUGCCAGACUCUCCGUGCCCAAUUUGUACCACCAUUUGGAUGAGUGGGGUGUUGAGCACACUGGAAAGGACCUCAUAUCAGAGCUGCGCGGAGAUGACGCGAGCUUCGCAGAUUUUGCAUCACCUCCUUUGCCUCCACCAGCCAUCGCUCCUGAGGAUCAGUUGGCAGUGUGUGCCGAUUGCGGUAUGGAACUGAAUGCUGCCAACCGGUCGGCUUUGGCAACUUACUGUCGCAAGUGCUUCUUUGUCAAUGUUGCUGCCAAUAGGCGCCAAUUGAAAAAGCCACCUCAAGACGCUGAGCAUUGCAUCCUUUGUUCUGUAGAACUGUCAAGCGACAACAAGAGUCCUACUCCAGCUUGUUGCCACGCUUGUUGGGAAAGCCAGGAAGCUAUUGCUGAGGCUUUGCAGGCGCAAGUGGCAGCUUCUGACGUGUCGGAGGCGGCAAAGCCUGUGAGCCAGCAAGUUGAGCCAAGCGUUGCUUCAGACAUUCCGGAUGGCAGCAGCUUCAAUUGGGCCCGUCAGACCCGAGAAAGUGAGACCGUUUGGCAUGCCCGUGUGCAAGGGUUCUUAGAUGGACCAGACUGCAAGAAGCAAAAGGAUUACAUUGAGACAUGGAAGAAAUUCACCCAGGAGGAGAAGGAAGCGUUUCGCGCCAUGGUAAAGUCCAAAUGCAGCAAGGAAACAUCAGCUAAUGCCUUGUCAGAUGCGGGGCCCAAGAUGACUGGGAAGCCUUGGUAUGCUAUGUCUGGAGAGCUUCGCACCAUCUGCCUUCCUGAGAAUUAUACUGUUGAUCGUUUGCGCUCUGACUUCGCCAAGUUCGCAGAAUCAGCUGCCGCAAUUGCUAGCAAUGACCAAGCUCGAUGGGAAAUGUAUUGCUUGAUAUUCUUGCUUCUGCGUAAGCCAGAUUCAGGUCUGGCGAAUGCCGCUGCAGCCGAACGGGAACUAGGAGAUCUACACGUCAAUCGGAAGCGGCUCUACCAGAUGGCCAAGAACUACGAGGUAUUGAUGAAGAUGAGUAAGUUGAGCUUGUUCGAUGAUAUGCACGCAGUGGAUGAAAGUUCAUUGAAGCAACGUGUCAAUGACAUACGGCCGCUGUAUCAGACCACGAGUCUCUGGAGAGGCUUCAAAGAUUGGGUCGCAAAGCACAAGCCUGAACGCGAUGCCCUGUCCUUGAGCAAAUUGAAGACCAAGACUUUGGUUGAGAUCACUAGCUGCGAACCCCACAUUGUGUCACAAGCUUUUACCACUUUGGAAAAUAUGUUAGAACGAGCGCAGAUCAUACACAAUGGCCGGCUGGUGCCCAGCGAAUGCUCUCGUGUGGCUGUUUGCGAUGAGAAAGGAUUUUCAUCCAGGUCAGAUCAGCACGUUCGUGGAGUAGUGACAAAGGAGAUGAAGGGAAAGAGCUCCACCAGCAUGACAGCGUGUUCUUUCGACCACAUCACGGUUUGCAGCUUCAUGCCCUUACUUGGGGAGCCACUACCUCCUGGUGUCAUUUGCCCUUUCAAGAAGGUCAAUACGCAUUGGCAGGAAUGUUGGCAGUCAGCUCGCUUCUACGCCCACGACUCAGGUUCUCAGACCCCGCACAGUUUCACGGACAUGCUUCUCCAUUGCUAUUUGAAACCCAUGCGGGUACGAUGGCCAGACCUGCAGCAACGCCUAGUUCUUUGCAUGGAUUCUGGAGGAGGAAGUCUUCUCCACCUCACAGUGGAGACGGCAGUGGUAUGUGAAAGAUAUGCUUGCGACGUCUUCCUGAUUCCUAGCUACUGCACCAAAGCAAUGUGCGCCCUGGAUCAGCAGCCGCAUGCCAGGAUGUCGUUGCAAUGGUCGUCGUUCAAGCGCCAGUUUGCUUUGCAGCAAGGGGAGCUAGGCGUCAUUCCAGCCUUGAGAGCAUUGAAGCUCAUUGUGACCGAAGCUCUUUCCUCCAAGCAUUCGGCUGCUGGAUGGGCACAUGUAGGCCUUGUGCCUGGUGAGCCUAUCAACCGCAACAAAGUUCUGCUUGAUCGAUUUGAUGAAUGCUUUCAAUCCAAAAGGUCUGGAGCAAAGCUAGAAGAAAAGCCAGAAUCUAAAGGUAGUGCAGUCCUCGACCUGGUAUCCAAAGUGGCUCCAAAGAAAGAGAAGUGCAGCAAUCCAGAUUGUCGAAAGGCCUUCGCUGUCACCUACAAACAUUGUCCCAGCUGCGGUGCAGAAAACUCGCACUUUGACGCCCAAGAGCUGAUGCUGAGCGGUCCUGGCAAGAAGUCUGGUUGGGUAAAAGGUCUGACGGAAGCCAUUGAACCGGAGACAGACAAGGAGAGAUUGUUGGCAACCUCUGCCACUGAUUGGCUCAGUGCUGUCCGAAAGAGAAGUUCAACUGCAGCUCUGGCUCCAUGCACUCCAGCGCCUGGGACCCCAGCACCUUCCACACCAGCGCCAAAGCCUGCGGCUGCAGCACCUUCCACUCCUCUCAAGACCUUGAAGGGCACCUCGUCACUUCAGCCAGCAGAAGGUGAACAAGGUCCUAUUUUAGCAGCUCCUGCCAGUGCAAGUUCAUCUUCAAAGGCAAAAGCUCCGGGACACCUUGAAGGCAAACAAAAGGAGGAAGCUUCAGAGGAGUCUCCAGAUGAUUUCGACUUGGAGUCCCCGGAGGGAGCACAAACAUUCCUAGAAGCCUUUUGGCGCCGUGAGAAGCGUAGUGAAGUUAGACCGGUUAUACAAUAUUUUUUGUCAGAAUUGAAGAAAGAAAGCACCAAGUCAAAGACCAUGGCUGACUUGAUCCAGCUCCGUGUCACAAAACCAAAGAUUCUUAACACAAGUCAAGGACGAGCAAGUUUCAUUGCGGCAUGGAAAGCAAAUCGCUCAAAGCGAUUUGCGAAACACCCGCAGAAGUAG